UAGAACUGUCGCUGUCAAGGCCACGAUGAGCCUCGUGGUCGGCGACCUUGACAAUGACGGCGAGGGAGAACGCAUUGUCAUCGAGCCUUAUCACUCCUCGUCAUUGCUGAGCUCGGAGACAGCGCUGCUUUUUCUCUCCGUGGCCAUCCUGGCUGCGGUGACGGCCUGCUGCUGGUGCGGCUUCUACGUUGCCUCAAAACGCAGGCGAUUCUCCGCCUACCUUCACCAGCUACACGCGCCGUCCGAAGCCUCGACAUCGACAGAAGCCGAGGUCAAGACGCUACCGCGGCUUUCGUCGGCCCACAACCUAGUUUACGCGCACUACCUGCAGCCACACCUAAACACCGGUGCCCCAACUCUUCCACCUCUUCCCCAGCUGCAUACGUCCCUGGAAAUGGACUGCCAGCCUCCGGGCUUCAAACACAUCCACUGUCAUUAUGUCUCGUAGCACAGGCUUGCUCUCUAUGUGCCAAUGACCGACCAGUUUUCGGUUUGAUUUUAUCGCCAUUAGUGUCGUUUGUUUGUUCGUUUUUACCACAGUGGCGUGUUUUUAGUACAUAGCUCUACCAAUAAAAAUGAGGUUCCAACUGUUCA